AACAAAAGGCUAAGUCAAGUUGACAGUCAACACGAUAUUUGACUUUCAGUUGAUCCUUUUAACUGUGUCAGUCUGGGGUCGAACAGAUCGACAGCGCUAACGGUGUGCGCCGUGCAUUAGACUGCCUUCCGCUCUCCCAGCUGUGCCCAACCAGCACGGAAGAAUGAGUUCUCACGCCGAGCACAGGCGCAUCCGUGUGGAUCACUCGGCCCUGGUCUGUAAGAAAGGCUGCGGUUACUUUGGCAAUCCCGCCUGGCAGGGCCUCUGUUCCAAGUGCUGGCGGGAGGACAACCAGCAUGCGCGCUCCAAACAGGUCGAGGAAGACCGGGCCCUGGCAGAGAGACUGCAGAGAGAAGAAGAGGCUGCCUAUGCAAGUGGCCAGCAGAGGGCGCUCUCAGAGGCCUCCGCCACUCACUUGGGAAAGGCCGAAGAGAAGAGGAUGAGUCAGAAAUCGCGCUCUGUACCCACGGUCAAGAAAUUCUUCGGCUCGUCCUCUAAACCCACCCUGGGGAGAGACGCCACCGCCGCACAGACGAAACCAGACGCCAGUGGCUCCCUCGGCCCGCAGCCCGUGGUGGAGUCGGACCAAGCCACCAAGCACUUCAUCGACUUCCUGAAGACCCUGCAGAAGCCGGGGCGGGACAUCUUUAGGCAGUGCCACAGCUUCCGUCACAGUGUGGCCUACAAGAAGGAUCUUGGUGCGGAGGAGCUCACUGAAUCCAUACAGGACUUCUACCAGAGCCUGUCUGACCACUUAAACACCCUCUAUAAAGGGACCCCAGAACGAGUAGAGGUCGUAAUGGAUGAAGUGGAGAAGUACCUGACGCUGCAUCUGUAUGAGCAGACCUUCUGUCCUGAGUCCUCUGAUGAUGAAGUCAAAGACUUGGCUAUCCAAAAGAGGAUCCGGGAUUUACAUUGGGUCACAGUCCAGAUACUCUGUGCUCCGCUGAACGAAGAGAUUCCCGCAGUGUCCGACACUGUUGUGAAGGCCAUUACAGACAUCAUCGAGAUGGACUCCAGGCGCGUCCCGCGGGACAAGCUGCGCUACAUCACCAGGUGCAGCAAGCACAUCAUCCAUGGCGUGCGGCGCACCAAGCGGGAGGCUGCAUCAGCUGACGACUUCCUGCCGGCGCUCAUCUACGUGGUGCUGAAGGCCAACCCGCCUCGCCUGCACUCCAACAUCCAGUACAUCACCCGCUUCUCCAACCCCGGGCGUCUCAUGAGCGGCGAGGAUGGCUACUACUUCACCAACCUGUGCUGUGCGGUAGCUUUCAUAGAGAAGCUGGAUGCCGAGUCUCUAAACCUGAGUCCUGAGGACUUCGAGCUCUAUAUGUCCGGCCAGGCGUCCCCUGAUAGGCUGCUGGGCCCUGGACGGUCCUCUUCCUCCUCAUCUUCCUUACGGGGCGGCCCCGGCGCGGAGCCCGCGGGAGCCGGGGCGCCGCAGACACGUGGGCGGCGUGACCCGGACCUGCCGACGGGACCGGGGGUGCAGCAGGAGCAGUCUCUGCACAGGCCUGAACGCGACCUCAUCGAAUGGAGUGAUGGCAUGGAGCGCUCUGUGCAGGACGUCCUGGAGGGGCUCCAACUGGAGCCACGUUCCCCGGAGACAGGCUCCCAGCCCCCCUCCACUAUCGACUCGGAAAACGCUGACUGUGAGGGCCUGCCGCCUCCUCUCCAGCCUCAGGUGUUUGCUGGGUAGCCCCGCCCACCGGCCCACCCGCAUCGAAUGCCGCAGUGACUGUUUUUAACGUUUUGUCUCAGCACUUGGGUCCUGCUGAUUGAAGUGGGUGAUUAUGUCCUCUCUUAAAAAAUCGUUUAUCUGCCUUUUUGUCUUUCCUGAACUUGGGGAAGGGAUUUGCACACGUUCGGUUAUCUUCGAGCUCCUCUCAACAGUCUUUAAGUUUUAAUUUAAGCUUCACCAAUUGCAACAGAGCUGGCCAACACCUGCCUCACCGAGUCUUGUCUAUUAUGUAGAAAUCCGUGGUGUCCCUCCGUUGACUAGAGGAUUGUUUAUGACAGACAUAAAUAAGUAAACAAGUAAGCAAUAACCUGAAUAUUCCAUUCCAGUUUAAGCCAAAAUACCAAAAGUAAAGGUAGCAGCUUACAUGGUGAGAAGAUAGAAGCUAUGUAGCAGUUAUGAGCUGGAAUGGGACAUGAUAUUAAAAAUGGCCAGCCUGUAUUUCCAGUGGGAUACACCCAAGUCUCGCUGCUGUGCGGUGCCAUAAUUCCAGCCUUGUUCUGUUUUUGGUUUUGUGUGUGUUUUGCUGUCAUUGAAGUCCUGCUGUCCCUUUUGAGCCCCGAUGUCUCAUAACUCUUGACGUUGAGCCUGGCACGUACAUCAUGACUUGCCAGCCCUUAUCCGUGACUGCAGCCUCUGCUUCCAAGAGAUAAAUACUCGCACAUCAUAAUGGCGUAGUCCAAUUUAACAGAACAGGGCUUCGGAGCGCUGUGGACUGCGUUGACAUUCCUUUGACAUUUUAACCAGAUGUCUGCGUGGAUGGAGUGACGCAUAACGUAAACACGGCUUCAGGCAGUCCUGCUAAGCCCGAGCCCCCAAAGUCCUGCUUUGAUGUCACAUCACCACCCUCAGGACUCUCAGGUAGCGACAGCAGCAGUGUGUUCACAGCUCACUGAGCAAGUGUUGGUCAGCUCUCUCUCUCUCUCUCUCUCUCUCUCUCUCCUUUCUCAGUAGCUUCCACUCCAUGAAGGUGAAGGUAGGCUGGGGUAGCCAUUGUGAAUGCACUUUUGACCUCUCUGUCUCAAGGAGGCGCAGCUAAAAUAAUCCAUGUUUCAAUUCAUGUGCGUCAACCUUCAUAUCCAGAGAAAAACGAACAAGUUAAGAAACCUGUAGGGUGCUAAUCAGGGAUACUCUUUGCUGAUGUGUACAUGUUUCUGAGUUUGUUUAGAAUUUUAUCUUCUCUGUUAACAGAUUUGAUAUUAUUUAUUAGCGUAUUUAAUUGACUUUGUGGUCAUGUACUUCUCUACAACCAAGUCAACAACAGCUCUUGUAGUUUUAAUAUUUAUUUUGUUGAAUAUGAACAGAGUAAAUGAGUAAGCGUUGCAUUUUUGCUAGGCCUGGAUACCCUGCGGUGUCAUUUUAACCCAUGUUUUCUCAUUUCCGUGCUUUUAUACUAGUGAUGUGAGUCAUUAUGCACUGGAACCAGGUUUCAAACAGCUGACAUUAGCCAAUACCCAAACCUCACCUUUUCAGUUCACAGAUUGACACACACUACAGUUUAGAUGCCUUAUAUAUGACGAGCAGAAAGUAAAGCUUGAGAGCUCCAACAGAUGUCAGCCAACCAUUUUUUAAAGAUUUGAAGGGUAAUAACACGUCAAGUCCCUGGAGCUCUACGGUGCCCUGUUCAGGAACCGGCAGGAAAAGGAACAAAACAAUGAAACAUCAGCGUGCUUCCGGAGGGCGUCCUUACCUACAGCAUUAAGGUUUAAAUCCGAUGGACAUAACUGAGAAGCACUGCGCUUUUUAAGCAGAUGUCACAGCUUUAGUGUGGACGUGUCACACAUCCUUACCAGACAACUGAAGUAUUGCUGCUUAUAGAUCCUUUCAACCACCCACAGUAUUGAUGUUGUCUUAACCAAGCUUACAUUAUUGCUUUCAUGUUUGGUGAACUUAAGUUAUAAGAUGUCCCUCCUCUUGAAGCCUGUAUGUAGGGUUCUGGAGUCUUCACAGGGCAUGGGGCCGUGGGACAUGUAUCACUGUUGUAAUCUGUUCCAGAGUUAUAUAGCUGUGUUCCUUUAAAUAAAUAAUAAAUAAAUGGCUUGGUAA